UCCAAGGAUCCCAUGUCGUCAGUCAGUGAGAAAAAAAACAGAAUAGAAAAAUAUAUGAACAUUUUUGGUAGUACGAGAGCCAGAGGAGAAUAAAAGUGCAUCGAGUUGACUCGUGCACAGUUUUUUUACUUAGCAAUUCAUAAUUAUUCGGACGACAUACCCUCAACCUAUCUGUGAUUUGUAAAAGAGAGAAGGGAAAUAAAUCAUGUCUGACGAAGAGCAACCUGAGAAAGUAACAAAAGAGACGUAUCGCCAGAGCACAUGUGAAGAGAUGAAGAAAAAUGGUCAUGGCAGUUUCCCAGCCAAUAAUUACAAACGAAAGCCAAAUAUUCCAAAUUUCAAGGGUGCAGAGGAUGCUGCGAAACGUCUGAGCGAGCUACAGGCGUUCAAAAAUGCUAAAGUCAUUAAAUUAAAUCCAGACAAGCCACAGGAGCCUGUGAAGCUGAUGGCACUGGAGGCUGGCAAGGAGAUUGUGAUUCCAAUUCCUCGGCUGAAGGCAGGAUUAUUCCUCCAUGUUACGCCCCCUGAGAACCAGGAGGGGAUUGACAUCAAGUCUUUCACAUCGAGACAGGAAUUGUCGAAGCAUGGAAAGCCUUUGGGUAUUGAUGCAGGCAUCAAGGUGGACCUGGUGGUGAUGGGGGCUGUCUGCGUCAGUCGUUUGGGGCACAGGAUUGGAAAGGGCGAGGGAUUCGCUGAUCUCGAGUUUGCCAUGAUGAUGAGGAUGGGGGCUAUCAAUCAGGACACAAUUGUUGUCACAACUGUUCAUGAUUGCCAGAUUGUCGACGAUUUGCCACCAAGAUUAUUCGAGAAGCACGACGUACCUGUGGAUAUCAUAGUCACACCGACACAGACAAUUGUUGUUAGUGAGAGGCUGAAGAAACCUGAGGGCAUUUUCUGGGAUAUUCUGACUUUGAGGAGGGUCAAGUCCAUGCAAAUCCUGCAGCAACUUAAGGAAUUGGAUGACAAAGCAGGAGACGAGAUAAUUCUCAAGCCAGACGAUCCAAAGGAUCACCAGAGACGAAAGAGAUUUGGCAGAAAUUUUUCCAGAAAAAUGAGAGACAAGAAACGAUCAAAAUCCCCUGCACAAGACAAUAAAGAUAAUCCUGACAAAGAGGAGAAUAAGGACAAGGAGAAUGAGGAUGGGAAGAAUCUUUCAGUGAGGAAACGUCGAACAAAGUCCAGAAGAAGUGAGAAAAAUGAUUCUCCAGAGGAUGAGAACAAUGAGAAACCAGAGAAAUCACAGCGUCGUAAACAAAUGAAAUACAGGUCAAGGUCUGUCAUUGAUUUUUCCUUGAAACUGUCAAAUAUUGGAUCAGAUGUGAGAGUUCGUGAUUUAAAAAAUGCCCUGACAGAGCGUGGAGUUAGGCCAACAGACAUAACGUGGCGUGGACAGCGUGGAUUUUGUUAUCUUCACUUUGGUAAAUUAAGAAAUAAGAAUUCAGUGCCAAAUGAACCUGUCCAGGUUGACUCGAUUGUUGCUAAUCUACAACAAUUGCGUAUUGGUGAGGUAUCGAAGGACGUAGAUGGUGAAUAUAUCAUCGUUGAACCUGCCAAACCAAUUACUAGGAUUGAAAUAACUGAUGUUACUGCCGUUUAAUUGUCAAUCUAACAUUUUCUUCUUCUUUUUAAAAUAACUUUUUGGUUUAUUCAACACGUAUUCCACAUGUGUUACAGGCGUAAGUUUGCUUCUUGUGGAUGCUAGAGUCGUAUAAAAUGACUGAAAAUUCAUGCUUAACUUAUCAAUAACUAGGGUCUUCCCAGAGUGAUCAUUUUGAGAUUGAGCUCUUUAAAAUAUGCCAAAAGUUUCGGAUAACAUUUUUUUUUUUUCAAUGGUGCUUAUGUUAUAACGUCUAAAAACGUUUAUCUACUUUUUUUUCGUUUCUAAUUUUCACAAUCAGAGUAGAAAAGAUGAUGCGUAGCGUGCUAUAAUGCUCAAUUAAUCAGAUUAAUAACAGAAAGAGUUUAAAAUAUUGUGAAAUCUAUUUUUUGAGGAAUAAAAAUAUUUUCACACAAAUAUUGCUCUCUUAAAAAAUUAAAAUUCUCAAAGGAUUAUAUAAACUGAGUGUAGAAAAUAUAAUUUAUGUAUUGUAACUGCGGGUUUAUUCCAACAUCUGUCGUUGGUCGUUCUUCAUUAAUUCGCGAAUUGAAUUUUGAUAAUGACGAGUACCCGUAUUUUGUGAUAUUAACAUAUACAUUAUAUCAUGCGUUAGUUUUUUUUCGUUUAGUUUUAAAAAUUGUAAUGAUUUUUAUCACAAUUAUGAGUGACACAUAGUAAUUCUGUGUUACCAUACAAUAAUUACAGUUUAUAUUUAAGAUAUAAAGUUAACGCAAUCACUCGGUGUGAUAACAAAACGCAUAUACUCCAUCCUUCCAUUAUUUUGUUCCUCUUUUCUAUGUUUCAAUGCAAUAAAGCAUUUAUACUUUCAUUCAA